AUAGAAUGUCCAUUUUACAGAGAAUCAGUCGCCUAUCAGUAUUUAAUACAUCAGUUCGCUCAUUCACAACAUCUUCAACUGUAUUUUCUGAAAUAGCAGCAACUACAACAAAAACUAAACCUAAAGGCUUAUAUCAAUUCUUUGAGAACAAUCAAACAUUACCAAAACAAGUUUGGACAGGACGCUCCUGGAAAGCAAAAGAACUUCGUCAAAAAUCAUUUGAAGAUCUCCACAAGCUAUGGUAUGUUUUAUUAAAGGAACGUAAUUUACUUGCAACCCAAAAACAUGAAGCAAAUCGUUUAAAUUUACCAAAGCAAGUUUGGACCAACGAAGGACGUAUGAGAAAGUGUCAAAAAUCGAUGGCUAGAAUCAAGUGUGUUUUAUAUGAAAGACAAAGAGAAUAUGAAAAAUUAAUGGCAGAACAAGCAGCAAAACAAGCAUAAAGCGUUGUUUUUUCUUGUUUUUAAAUGUAAAAUAAAUGUAUUUGUGUGACAAUUUCC